CCAUCAGGAUGUCCAUUGCUAAGUAACUCUUCCAGCCUCUCUCUCUCUCACUCUCCAAACCAAAUGAAGAUUUAUGAUUCUUGUUUGCUUCACCUUUUUCUUGUUUUUCUUCAACUGGUCAAUUUCCUCUUUUUAAACUUGCAAUUAAUACAAGCUCACUCUUCACAAAAUGAGACUGAUCAGCUUGCUUUGCUAAGUUUCAAAGCUGGGAUAGCCCGUGAUCCACAUGGAAUCUUCAAUUCAUGGAAUCAUUCUCUCUCUUUUUGCCAAUGGUAUGGAAUCACUUGCAGUCGCCGCCACCAGAGAGUCACUUCAUUGGUGUUAGAAGGCCAGAAUUUAAUUGGAUCCAUUUCUCCAUAUAUUGGCAAUUUGAGUUUUUUAAGAAUCUUGAACCUUCGAAACAACAGUUUCAAAGGUCAAAUUCCGCAGGAAGUCGGCAAUUUGUUUCGAUUACAAGAAUUCUUUCUCAAUAAUAACACAAUAGAAGGUGUAAUUCCGAUCAACCUUACCCGCUGUUCUCAUCUCAGGAAAAUCAGAUUGCAAAACAAUAAUCUAAUUGGGAAAAUCCCUACAGAGCUUGGUUCUUUAGCAAUGCUUGAACUGCUUGUCCUCAGUAGCAACAAUCUGAUUGGAAAAAUUCCACCUUCCAUUGGCAACCUUUCGUCGCUUACUUGGCUUUCUGCAGACACUAUGGAGUUGGAGGGAAAUAUUCCACAUGAAUUGAGCCGAUUAACGAGCCUCAUACAUUUCAAUUUUGCUGACAAUAAUCUAUCUGGUAUAUUCCCUUCAUCCAUUUUUAAUAUCUCAUCUCUUAAAAUGAUCUCAAUUUCACAAAACAAGCUUCAUGGCAGCCUACCAAACAACAUAGGGAUUACUCUCCCAAAUCUCCAGGAGAUUGAUAUGGGAUUGAAUUUCUUUUCUGGGUUAAUUCCCAUUUCCCUUUGCAAUGCAUCUCAACUGGGAAUACUCGAUCUUCCCACUAACAAUUUUGUGGGACGAGUUCCAAAUUGUCUGGGAAAUUUAGGAAGUUUUUUUUGGCUAAACGUUGGGAAGAAUAAUCUAGGAUAUAAUUCCACAGGUGACUUGGCCUUUUUAACAUCUUUGACAAACUGCAGCAAUCUUGAAAUCUUAGAUUUCACUUUCAACAAUUUCGGAGGUAUUUUGCCCAGCUCUAUAGCCAAUCUGUCAAUUAAACUUACCAACCUAUAUUUUGGAGCAAAUCAAAUCGCCGGAACUAUUCCUGAAGCAUUAGAGAAUCUCAUCAACUUAAUUGUAUUGGCCAUGUGGGAUAAUCUUUUCACUGGAGUCAUCCCUUCUUCCUUGGGAAAAUUAAGAAAACUUCAAGGACUGUAUUUAAAUGAAAAUAGAUUGUCAGGUCAAAUCCCAUCCUCUAUAGGCAAUCUCACUCAAUUGUUUAUACUUUCCAUCCCUCACAACAAUCUAGAAGGAAAUAUUCCUAUAAGUAUAAGAAAUUGCCAGAAAUUGCAGAUUUUGGAUAUUUCAGAAAACAACCUCAAUGGAUCUAUACCCAAGGAGAUUCUCCAUCUUCCUUCCUUAUCUCGACACUUGAACUUAUCAAUGAAUUCACUAACCGGCAACCUGCCAGCAGAUGUGGGAAAGCUAACAAAUAUAAAUACUCUGGAUAUCUCAGGAAACAAGCUUUCUGGAGAAAUUCCUGGAACCAUUGGGUUUUGUUUAGACUUGGAAUAUCUCUAUAUGCACGGAAAUUCUUUCCAAGGAAUCAUUCCUUCAUCUAUGGCUUCCUUGAAGGGUCUUCGAGAAUUAGAUCUUUCGAGGAACAACCUCACUGGAGAAAUUCCAAAAGACUUGCAAAGUUUACCCUAUCUCUUAUAUUUAAAUCUUUCUUUUAAUAAUCUUGAGGGUGAGAUUCCAGCCAAAGGAGUUUUUUCAAAUGCAAGUGCAAUUUCACUGAUGGGUAAUAUUAGGCUUUGUGGUGGUGUGCCAGAACUCCAUCAACCAAAAUGCCCUACCAAAGCAAUGAAGAAAGGGAAGUCCAUUGCUAUUAAGUUAGCAAUCAUAAUUCCUUGUGUGAUUCUCUUUGUGCUGUUGAUGUUAGCCAUCAUGCUUAUGUAUCGAAAGAAAGUAUCAAAAAAGAGCUCAUCUGCCACACCUAAAGAAACAGAUCGCCUUGUAAAGGUAUCUUAUAGGGAUCUUUUUGAUGCAACAAGUGGAUUUUCUGCCGACAACUUAAUCGGAUCUGGCAGCUUUGGUUCUGUGUAUAAAGGAUUUCUCAAUCAAAUGGAAAGAGUUGUGGCUGUUAAGGUCCUCAAACUUGGAACAAGGGGUGCUUCAAAAAGCUUCAUGGCCGAGUGCAAGGUGUUACGCACAGUGAGGCAUCGAAAUCUGGUUAAGCUGCUAACGUAUUGCUCCAGCAUUGAUUACAAACAGAAUGAGUUCAAAGCUCUAGUUUAUGAAUUCAUGGGUAAAGGAAGCUUGGAGAAGUGGUUGUAUCAAGACAUCCACAACAAUUAUCAGUCAAGAAACUUGGAUUUUCUUCAAAGAUUGAAUAUUGCAAUUGAUGUGGCAUCUGCGUUGCAUUAUGUUCAUGACCUUUGCGAAAUUCCAAUAAUUCAUUGUGACUUGAAGCCCAAUAAUGUUCUUCUCGAUGAUGACAUGGUUGCACAUUUAAGCGAUUUCGGUUUGGCUAAACUCUUCUUGAACACCAAUGAUGCUUCACAAACCCAAACUAGCUCAAUUGGAAUAAGGGGGACUAUUGGCUAUGCACCCCCAGAGUAUGGAAUGGGUAACACUGCAUCAAAAGAAGGGGAUGUGUAUAGUUUUGGGAUCCUUGUAUUAGAGAUGUUCUCAGGAAAAAAGCCAACGGACAAAAUAUUUGAAGGCCAUUUAAAUCUGCACAACUUUGUGGAGGAUGCACUGCCAGAAAGACUCGCGCAAAUCACAGAUCCAACCCUUCUCUCAAGAGAAAUGGGCGAAACAUCAACAAAAAAUGCUGAAAUAGACGAGCAGAUAGAAAUACAUGCAAAAGCAGAGUACAACAAUAAUGGGAACCUGAGCCAGACAAGUACUGGUAAAGAGAAAGAUUGCUUGCUUUCAGUAUUCAAAGUUGGAGUAGCCUGUUCAGCAAAAUCACCCAAAGACAGAAUGAGCAUGAGGGAUGUUGCUAAAGAACUGCAUUUGAUUAGAAGUACUUUUCUUGGAGUUCGGAUCUAUGGAUAAAGACAGCAUAUAUUGAAGAAGUGAGAUGGCCCUGGCAGAGAAUAGAUUUAAGCUUCUUGCGCGACUGUAUUUUCUAUGUAACAAAAAUUAAGCAUAGUAUUGUUAGGGCUUGUUUGGUACUAUUUAUUAGAUUUUGCUUCUACUAAUAAAUUGAUGUGCUUUAAUUAUCAACAAGCAAA